UGUUUCAUUUUUCACACAUUCACUGAUACACACACACUGUCUCUUCUCUUUCUUUCUCUGUUUUUAUGUUUACAGAUCUCGCUCCUCUCUUCUUCCUUUUCCAAAAGCAUCUCCUCCUUCACUACCUUUCAUUAUAAUCUUUCCUCUCUUACAAAACCAUAAAACAAGAAAACAAACCUAAAAACAAAAACAUUAAUUCUCCUUUUUCCCGACAAUCUGAGUUUCUAUCCAAGUAAAGAAGACAGAGAUUGCGUACGCCAAAAGAAACUUCUUUACUUUUAUCACAUUGUACCCUAUCGCGUGUCUCACAAGAAAACCAGCCAAACACAUUCCAAAAUACUGAUCUUAGGGUUCUUGCUUCCUCCUCUGUUUUUUUUUUCUCUCUUUCUUGUUUGAGUAAGAAGAAAUGGAGCUCGGGGAUUCAGCGGCGGUGAUUCCAGACUCGUUCAUGGGAUACAGAGACGACAUCACAAUGCAAAUGACAAUGAUCUUGGAUCAGAUUCGAGCUCCACUGAUUGUCCCAGCCCUUAGGCUCGCGGUUUAUAUCUGCUUAACAAUGUCGGUGAUGCUUUUCGUGGAAAGGGUUUACAUGGGGAUCGUAAUCUCUCUUGUGAAACUCUUUGGUCGGAAGCCAGAUAAACGUUUCAAAUGGGAACCGAUGAAAGACGACAUCGAACUCGGAAACUCUGUUUAUCCUAUGGUUCUUGUUCAAAUCCCAAUGUACAACGAACGAGAGGUCUAUCAGCUGUCUAUUGGAGCUGCUUGUGGGCUCUCAUGGCCGUCUGAUCGAAUCAUCAUUCAAGUUCUUGAUGAUUCCACUGACCCCACGAUCAAAGAUCUAGUGGAGAUGGAGUGUAGCAGAUGGGCUAGUAAAGGAGUGAACAUAAAGUAUGAGAUCAGAGAUAACAGAAACGGGUACAAAGCUGGAGCUUUGAAAGAAGGUAUGAAGAAGAGUUAUGUCAAAAGCUGCGACUACGUUGCCAUCUUCGACGCUGAUUUUCAGCCCGAACCGGAUUAUCUCUGGAGAACCGUACCGUUCCUCAUUCAUAACCCUAAGCUUGCUUUAGUUCAAGCUCGCUGGAAAUUCGUAAAUUCGGAUGAAUGUUUGAUGACAAGAAUGCAAGAAAUGUCUUUAGAUUAUCAUUUUACGGUCGAACAAGAAGUUGGUUCUUCUACUUACGCCUUCUUCGGUUUCAACGGGACUGCGGGGAUAUGGAGAAUAUCGGCAUUAAACGAAGCUGGUGGUUGGAAAGAUAGGACGACCGUAGAAGAUAUGGAUUUGGCCGUUCGAGCUAGUCUCAAGGGUUGGAAAUUUUUGUACCUUGGUUCUUUGAAGGUUAAAAACGAGUUGCCUAGUACAUUCAAGGCGUAUAGGUAUCAACAGCACAGGUGGUCAUGUGGUCCAGCAAAUCUUUUCAGGAAAAUGGCAUUCGAAAUCAUGACCAACAAGAACGUGACUUUAUGGAAGAAAGUCCAUGUGAUAUAUAGCUUCUUCGUGGUGAGAAAGAUCGUGGCACACAUUGUUACUUUCAUAUUCUAUUGUGUGGUCUUACCGGCUACGGUUCUCGUACCGGAAGUUACCGUACCUAAAUGGGGAGCGGUUUACAUUCCGUCCGUCAUUACUCUACUCAACGCCGUCGGUACACCAAGGUCACUACAUCUUAUGGUGUUUUGGAUCCUGUUCGAGAACGUGAUGUCUCUUCACAGAACAAAAGCUACCUUCAUCGGUUUACUCGAAGGAGGAAGAGUUAACGAGUGGAUUGUCACUGAGAAGCUUGGAGAUCUUAAGGCUAAAUCAGCAACCAAGGCUCCAAAGAAGCUAAUUCGUUUUAGAUUUGGAGAUAGAAUCCAUGUGACGGAACUCUGUGUAGGAAUGUAUUUGUUCUCUGUGGGAUGCUAUGACGCGUUAUUUGGGAAGAAUCAUUAUUAUCUAUACCUUUUCGCGCAAGCAAUCGCCUUCUUCAUCGCUGGAUGUGGGCAGAUUGGGACAAUUGUGCCUAACUAUUGAAGGGGGGAAGUAAUUCUCGAGCGACAAACUGCUCGAGCAUAAGAUGAUGCUUUUAUCGUUUUUUCUUUUCUUGGAUACUAUUUUAAUUUCUUGCUGGUGUGAAUAGAGAGAAUUGAUGAUACGAUUGUUACAGAAGAUGGUGUGUGUAGUUGUGGAAGAUAUGGAUACUUAUAGUAAACAAGAAAAUAUAUAUUUUCAAGGGA